AAUUUGUGGGCAGUGAGGCGUACGUGCGGGCGAAGCGCAGUCCAUAGAGAUGAAGGCAAAAACGAUUCUCACCCUUGUGGGCGUGUGUUGUUUUACAUUCGCCCUCUGCACCUCCGGGGGCGGGGUGACGGAUGGGGUGGUUGAAGAACCAAUGGGACUCGAGGCGACCGGGGAGGGAAAGAGAGAGGUUCAGAGGCCGGAAGUAGUCCUUCAGCUGAAGUACGACGGAGGGGCGUUAAAUAGGAUAUACCUCGCACAGUUCAGGCAGGGCCAGAGGGCGCCCUCAGUGCCGGCCCGGACCGAUCUCUGUGCGGACCUUUGUCACGCAGGUCUGGGCGGCACCGCAUGCGGCGCCAGCUGCCCACAGCUCAUGCCGGUGGGUCUUCAGAGCGCACUGUCCGACGGCAACACCAGCGACGUGGUAUACGGCGAGCCCAGGGUGUACGUGUGCCCAACUCUCUGCGAGAACCAUCUCGGCGAGCCAUUGUGCAGUUGCAGUAACAGAGACGAGCGAGUGAUACGGAAGGAGGUCGACUGGAGCGGAAUAUGUGACGCGUUCUGUAUCACCGACAGAUACGUACUAUCUGGUUGUCCGGCAUGUCGCGAAACCUAUCCGUCGGCUGUAGCACCGGAAUACGCUAUGGUAAGUCGUCUGAACACCGCGGAAAGCUGGUCAUCAUGGUGCAACGUGCAAUGCCGCCAGGGUCAAGGGGGAGCCGCUUGCAACUGCGACCGCGCCCCAUUCCAAUAGACCCAUAACGGCAUAUGGCCACAUAACUGCAAUAGGCCACGUAACGUAAAUAGGUCACCAAACACCAAUAGGCCACGGAAUGGCAAUAGGUCGCGCAACGUCAAUAGCCUCAGCACGUAUCAUGUAUUGAACACGCGAUUGCAUUAUUAACUUAAAAGUAUAAUUUCUUUUGCACUUGUUUCUUAUAUUUUUAAUAGCUUUUUAAAAUGUUUUUCUGUUAUAUUUUUAAACAUAUUCGACAUAUCAAAGUCUUAAAUCACAUAAUAUAUUGCUGUAUAUACUUAAUUACUAAUGUUCUUUAAAUGUAUUGAAAUGGUAAAUGGACAGUUUGGUUAUUUAAUUAUUAAUAAAAGUUAA